AUGCGUUUCUCGACCCUCGCAGCAGCCGGCCUGCUCGCCUCCGGCGUCAGCGCCGCCAGCUUGAACGAGCUCGCCGUUGCGGCCGGCAAGAAGUACUUUGGCGCCGCCUCGGACAACUCUGAGCUCUCUGACACGGCCUACGUCGCGAUCCUCAAGGAGAUGUUCGGCCAGAUCACCCCCGGCAACGGCCAGAAGUGGCAGUUCACCGAGAAGAGCCAGGGCGUCUUCAGCUACGCCAACGGCGACGUGAUUGCCGACUACGCCAAGACGAACAGCAAGCUCCUCCGCUGCCACACCCUCGUCUGGUACUCUCAGCUCCCCACCUGGGUCUCCUCCGGCACCUGGACCAAGGACCAGCUGACGUCCAUCAUUGACACGCACAUCUCCAACGUCGUGGGCCACUACAAGGGCCAAUGCUACGCGUGGGACGUUGUCAACGAGGCCCUGAACGAGGACGGCACCUACCGUGACAGUGUCUUCCACAAGGUUCUCGGAACCGACUACAUCCCCAUCGCCUUCAAGGCCGCCGCGGCCGCCGAUGCGGGUGCUAAGCUGUACUACAACGACUACAACAUUGAGCUGGCCGGCAACAAGCAGAAGGAGGUCCUCAACAUCAUCAAGAACAUCAAGACCGCCGGUGCCCGCAUCGACGGUCUCGGCCUCCAGGCCCAUCUCAUCGUCGGCAGCGCCGGCUCCCGCUCUGCUCUGAGCGCCGUCCUCAAGUCCUACGUCGACGCCGGUGUCACCGAGGUCGCCUACACCGAGCUCGACAUCCGCCACACGUCCAUUCCCGCCAACGCCGCCGCCCAAGAGCAGCAAGCCACCGACUACGUCAGCGUUGUCGGCGCCUGCUUGGACAUUCUCGAGUGUGUCGGUGUCACCAUCUGGGACUACACCGACAAGUACUCUUGGAUCCCCUCCGUCUUCCCCGGCACCGGCGAGGCCCUCCCCUGGGACAAGGACCUCAAGCCCAAGCCCGCCUACACUAGCAUUUCCAGCCUCCUCGCCGCCGCCGGCAAGGGCGGUGCUGCUCCUGCCACCGCUCCUGUUGCAAAGCCCUCUGCUCCUGCUGCUCAGCCUUCCGCUCCCGCUGCUGAGCCUUCCGCUCCUGCUGCGAAGCCCUCCGCUCCUGCUGCGAAACCCUCCGCCCCUGCUGCGAAGCCUUCCGUCCCCGAGCGCCCUGCCCCGGUCACUGCCCCCGCUGCUGGCGUUGCCGCUCCUACUCCCGCGCCUUCUACCACCCUCAGCACUGUCAUAAAGAGCAAGUGCAAUGGUCCCAGCGUCAAGGCCGUUCCCAGCGCCCCUGUCGCUGCUGCUGCUGCUGCCGGCGGAGCUGCUCGCUGGGCUCAGUGCGGUGGCAACGGGUUCACCGGCCCUACUACCUGCCAGUCUGGUCUCACCUGCCAGAAGCAGAACGACUACUACAGCCAGUGUGUCUAA